AUGCCCGCAGAACGCACGACCCGCACCAAACCCAGGGCGAAGACGUACGCGCUCCCUCCGAUCGCUGGGGCUGGCGACGACGCGGACGUUCACGCGGCACGUACAGUCACGGUUGGAGCGAUUGAAGACAAGGAAGGGAAAGGGGAAGGGGAAGAGGAUGCGCCGGUGGACAAGGUGAAGAGCGCCAAGAAGAAGGGCAAGAAGACGGCGGGAAUUGUUUACAUCUCCCGCUUGCCGCCUGGGAUGACACCGCAUAAGGUGCGGCAUCUUAUGGCCAAGUGGGGUGAAGUGGGGCGGGUUUAUGCGCAGCGGCGCGAUGCCGUGACGGGGUAUAAUCCCGACCACCAUAAGAAGAAGGAGAGGCAUAAGAGUGCAGACUUCACCGAGGCUUGGGUCGAGUUUCUGGAUAAGAGCGUGGGGAAGACCGUGGCGCAGAUGUUGAAUGCGCAAGUCAUUGGAGGGAAGAAGGGUGAUCGAUGGCGCGACGAUAUUUGGACAAUGCGAUACCUCUCCGGUUUCAAGUGGGAGAUGCUGGGUGAACAGGUCGCAUACGAGCGGCAGGUACACCAGUCGCGCGUGCGGGCCGAGAUGCAGCGCUCGCGCACCGAGCAGAACGCGUACCUCCAGAACGUCGAGCUUGCGCGCGUGCUCAAGAAGCGCGCGGAUCGGGCCGAAGAGAAGCAGGAGGGGGCCAAGGAGGGGCCCAAGGAGAAAGAGAAGGACAAGGGCAAGGACAAGGCGAAGCGCGCGUACCGCCAACGCGAAGUUGUGGACAAGGCGCACGGGCUCGCGGCCAAGGGAAUGGACGAUGUGCUGGGGAGCUUGUUCUAG